AUGCCUCUUAUUGUACCUGGCAUCAACUCCUCGAUGGGCGACCAGUCCGAGUGGGUCACAAAGCUGAUGGGAAAGAAGAUCGGCGACACCAGCGACGAAGUCUCAUUUGCGAAGAAGGAUCUGCCCGAGUCGCACCGGGUCUUGAAGCCCGGCGAUAUGACAAGCAUGGACCACAAUCCCGAUAGACUGAACGUCCAUGUAGACGAAGAAGGAACCGUUAAGGACAUUACCUAUGGCUAG